AUGGCGAAUACCGCUCAAUGCUACUAUUGCUUUGAGUCUCUCCUUGCUUCAUUCGAGGAUCGCGAACCCCCCACUCUGGCAGCCGUAGAGGCCUUAUGGGAACAACACGAGCAAACUAAGAAGUUGUCGAGUCUUGAAGAGCAAGUUGAAGAAGAAACAGACCAACAGCAGUCCGUAAAUGAACAAGUCGAAGAUGACGAUAGCAACCAAUCGUCCCAGUCGAGUAGUCAGCCGAAGAAGCUGCAACUCCGCAGCAUCAGCCGUCUUCAGAGCCAAUUCUCCGCCUCUUCCAGCGCAGCCACAUCUUCAUCGUCUGCAUCCAAUACUUCUUCCAACUCGCUACAGUCCAGUUCAACCAAUAUCACCGAGCCAAGUGCGGUUUCCAACACCCCCCAGCUGAGAUCGCCUGAUCAGCGAUAUCCCCUGUUCGUGACAUGGAACACCCUGUCACGAAGCGGACACAAGUCUCUACGCGGGUGCAUAGGGACAUUCGAGGGACAGGAACUUGCAGCGGGGUUGAAGUCCUACGCUUUGACCUCGUACGUGGUUCCCAUUGAAUACCCCUCUCUCGCUACAAUGCACAAACAAAGGGCCUUCGAUGAUACCCGUUUUGAGACCAUCCCUAAAUCCCUUAUCCCCUCACUAUCAUGCUCUCUCACACUCCUUGGGUCCUUCGAGCCGUGUAAGGAUGCCAUGGACUGGUCUCUGGGUACUCACGGGCUGCGGAUCUCCUUCAUCCACCGCGGCCGUCGCUAUGGUGCCACUUAUCUUCCUGACGUCGCUGUCGAGCAGGGCUGGACCAAAGAAGAGACCGUGGAGAGCUUGAUGCGAAAGGCAGGCUGGGAUGGUGCUGGCGGCAGUACUGCACGGAGACUGCUGCGCGGUGCAGCUGGUGGGAACUCCGGCGCUACUAAGCCCUGGGACCAGGUCUCGGAUUUCCGUACUGUCAGAUAUCAGGGGCUUAAGGCAAGCGCUAGUUAUGCGGAGUGGCAGGAAUGGCGAGAGUGGGUUCUCUCUCUAGAUGACGGUGAGGAGAUCCUGGAAGGCGCAGAUUGA